AUGUACACACCACCAGAGACGAAUCCAGUGAACGCUGGGCAACCAGACUUCGUGAUUAAUGACGAAGAUAAGACUCUUGCGGUACAAGCACAGCAUCUCAUAUUGGCAGCUGGGACCCCAUACGAGGCUGCAUCAAUGCUCAACCAUUACUUCCAGCACCCACAUCUACCGGCACCUCCGCUAUAUACUUUUCAGAUAAGCCAAGAACUUGAUUCUUGGUUUGCUAUUCUUAAAAGCGAGUCGCUCGCAACGCUUGAAUCCAUCACUGGCAAUCUGGUGAGUUUGAGGGCAGUUCUUGAUUCGAAAGAUGUGCAUGAUUUUCUCGUCAAGAUCAAAAUCCUCUUUGAUGAAUACCGACACAGCCUCCCUUCCGCCUCUCACUCGAAAAUUCAUGGAGGUUGGAAAAAACGCAGACCAAAUAACGGUCUGUCGGAGGAUACACUAGACGCACUCACAUCGAGGGACCUGAUCGCUAUCAUCAUCAUCGAAGUGCUCUUCUUCAAUCAACUGUGCCGAACCGAACCUCCGGUGGAUCCUACGGAAAAACGACGAGGCACCCCUAUCGGUCUUCGGAUCGUACGCGAAGUAAAUGAUGACCGUCAAGAAGGAAAGUUGGACUGA